UUCAAUACAAAUAUGUUUACCAAAGUUCUGUUGAUUUGCCUUUUGACGGCUACUUCGGUGAUAACUGAAAGUGUUGCAAAAAAAUAUAACAACCAAAAUGAAAUCAUAAAUGACAUGUUUGAUAACAUGUAUACGUGUAUGCAAGAACUGGACAUAAAUACUGACGUUUGCGGUGAAUUGUUGUUGAAAGAUAAAGACCACAAUGAUAAGAAGUACGAUAACUGUAAGUGCUUCGGACCGUGUGUGGCGAAGAAAAUGGGAACGAUGAACUCGGAUACCGGCAAGUGGAACUGGGCCAGAUUUAAAGAGUUAUCGGAAUUAAUGAACAACGAAAUGCUCAAGAACGAGUCGAUCAUACUACAAACGCACUGCAUGGACGAAGUAAACACUCACUGCACAGCCGGUCACGUGCUUAUGAAAUGCGUCUUGGAGAAUUCCCCGAUGGCUCAAGAUAUAGUCAAAAACUAUUUAUCCGUGAAAGAAUACAUGCCAAAUGAAGAAGAAGCCACAAAAUAAAAAUAAAAUACAUACCUAAUAAUAUCUUUAGUUAAAAAAAUUGUACAAUAUACACGAUAAUAACAAUAAUUGUUAUAAAAUAUGUAUGUACACAAAUAGUGUAAUGCACUUAGACUUAAGUAGGUACGCGUCAUUUUUACGUUUCAAUUAAAAAUAAUAGCAAAAAC